AUGUCAUUCACAACAAAUGAAACAAUCAAUAAAAUAUGUUUGGAACCAAUUGAAUCAGGUCCAUGCAGAGCUGCAAUUGAAAUGUUCGCUUUCAGUGUAGACCAGUGGAGAUGUAUUAAAUUCAUUUACAGUGGUUGUCAAGGAAAUUCAAAUAGGUUUGCUAGCGUUGAAGAGUGUGAGGCUGUUGACUACUUUCAAGGUCAACCGCUGCGUUUAACGCCGUUUGAAGUUUUAUGUGAACCGUCAAUUUAUUCGCAUUACCUGCAGCUUUGUUAA